AUGAAUCUGAAUCAAACAAAGGAGGAAGAUGAAGAAGUGCAGAAACUGAUAGAAAGCCUUCCGAAAGUUCCCUUAAGGAAUUCAGAUUUUCAAAUGAUCGAGUAUCAAGGUUUCUACUACUACGAUGAAGAUGAAAUUCCUAUAUUAAGAAAUGCCAUCGCCUUUCAAAGACACUUUGCUGCUCGAGACACUGAUAUCUUCAUUAUUAGCCCUGCGAAAACAGGAACAGCUUGGUUGAAAUGUCUGCUUUUCGCUGUUGUUAAUCGUGUAAAUUAUCCAAGCAUUGAUCUAAUUCCCUUACACUCCCAUCAUCAUGGAGAUCAGUUUGUACACAGCAUAGACUUCUUACCACCAACCACACCGUCCAUUACACAUCUUAAUGAGAUUCUGUCACCUAGGCUCCUUAACACUGAUGUCCCUUUCACAUCUCUUACUGAAUCUAUCAAAACUUCAGCCUUCAGGGUGUCAGGAUUUUACUACGCUAAGAAGGCCAAAGGAGAUGAUUACAUACCCCCUACUCUCGAGGAUUGCUACCAAGAUUUUAGUGAGGGGAAAUUUGUUCCUGGCCCUUUCUUUAACCAUGUUCGUCAGUAUUGGGAGGCUAGUACAGAGAGAUCAGACAAGGUGUUGUUCCUGCAGUACGAAAAUCUGAAAACCGAGCUCACUGUUCAACUGAAGAUGUUAGCAGAAUUUAUAGGAAUGUCAUUUUCUUCCGAAGAAGAAAGUGAUGGUAUCAUACAACAAAUUAUAGACUUGUGUAGCUUUGAAGAUAACAAGGCUGUGAAAGUGUGGGAAUGGACCAAAGACGAUCAGUUUACACCUGAAAUGUCCGAAAGGAUGGCUUUACUGAUGCAACAAAAGCUUGAGCCUGAACUAUUCUUCAAAUUGAUCCCAUAA